GUCGCGCUGUCCAUUACGUCUCUCUCGUGCACCCUGUCGCUUAUUUCCGACGCGUGGUGGUCAUAUUAUUUUUCUAACGCCGGUUUCACCGUUGUGUCGCCAUCAUGUCCUCAGAUCCUGGCAGCUAUGGAAACUACGGUGGACAACAGCAGCAAAGAUAUCAUGGAGGUGAAGGGGGCCAAAACAUAGGACAAACGAUACCAGACUAUUCCGGUUAUGGACAGACAGCUGAAACUGCCUAUGGAAACACGUAUGAAGCCUAUGGGCAAAGCCAGCCAGUUUAUGGACAGUCUUCUCAAGGACAGAGUAGCUCAACCUACGAAAAUCAACAGUCUUAUGGAGGCUAUGGACAGCAAAGCACAGACUCCUCCAGAGGAUACAGCAGCAGUAAGCCAUCAAGCGAUUCUUACUCCAGUAACAGUGGCCAACCGUAUCAGCAAGGCUCCUCUGACCAGUCUGGCUAUGGACAGCAGCAUUCUUAUCAAUCAAGGAAAGAAGGCUAUAGCCAUUCCUCCCAAGAUGAAGAGAAGCAGGACUCGGGCAGGUAUGGUGAUAGUAGCAGAGGCUAUGGCGGGUCCCAGAGUUACGGAGGUGGUCGAGGGCGUGGGGGUUAUGAUAUGGACCGAAGAGGCAAUCCUGGGGACAUGAGCGGUGGCGACCGAGGUGGCUUCAAAAAUUUUGGUGGCUCUAGAGAUUAUGGAACCAAGCCAGAUCACGGGGAUACUGAAGACAACUCUGACAAUAACACCAUAUUUGUCCAGGGUUUAAGUGAGGAUGUAACGCCUGAUCAGGUGUCUGACUACUUCAAGCAGAUUGGUAUAAUAAAGAUCAAUAAGAAGACUGGCAAGCCAAUGAUAAAUCUUUACACCGACAAAGAAACAGGCAAAUCCAAAGGAGAAGCAACAGUGUCCUUCGAUGAUCCUCCUUCGGCCAAAGCCGCUAUUAAUUGGUUUGAUGGAAAAGAAUUUCAAGGCACCGUUAUCAAAGUGUCCUUUGCCACCCGGAGGCCAGAGUUCAUGAGGGGUGGUGUAAGUAGUGGAAGCAGUGGAAGUGGAGGAAGACGAGGGGGUGGCGGUCAUAGAGGUGGUGGCUACGGUGGUGGUCGAGGUUCUUAUAGAGGUGGUAGCAGUGGGCCACAGAAUGGAGACUGGCUCUGUCCUAAUCCCUCUUGCGGCAACGUCAACUUUGCGAGAAGAGAUUCAUGCAACCAGUGCAGCGAACCAAGACCAGAGGACUCUCGACAAAGUGGUGAUCGUGGUGGAAGAGGUGGGUAUGGAGGGGACAGAGGCGGAUACAGAGGCCGUGGAAGGGGAGGCGACAGAGGUGGAUAUGGCGGGAAGAUGGGAGGCCGGAAUGAUUAUAGAGAUAGAGGAGAUCAGCGCAACCGACCAUACUGAAACUCAUCCUAUGUCACCAUCCUGGCUUGCCAGACACAUCCAUGUACUUAAGCAACGUCACAGGAUUCUUACUUGACUUUCUUUGUUUUUGAUUUUUUUGUUUCUUUUUCCUCCCCCAAAUGUGAGAAUAAUUUGUUUUCCCUUGUAGCAAACACUUGUGGAGUUUAAUUUACAGAGUUUUGUCCUCAACUUAUUCAAUUUGAAUGAAAUGGAAAGUAUGAAAUAUUGCCAAAAUAAGUUUUUGUAAUACAAUAAAUAUCUUUUAUUUGUA